AUGACCAUUUCCGGACAGUCAAGCUGCGGCUUAGCUCGACGCUCCUUAAAGGCUUGGUUCUCCGCUUGUUCUCUGGAGCUGUUCGAACGCCUCAAAGAUAUCCCGGCGGAGUCAAAUUGCAACGAGCGGCGCCGUUCUGCUAACCGGCUGCUCAAGCAUAGCCUACGCAAGGAUCGCGAGGCAUGGUGGUCUGAACGUGCUUUAAAGAUGGAGACCGCUGCCCUCUCUGGCAACACUCGCAAGCUUUUCCAACUUAUUCGGUCCACUAACCUCAGGAAAUCUGGUGUCAGUGAGGUUAUUUUCGAGGUGGAUGAGUCUCCAACCACCAACCAAGAGAGGCGUAUGGACCACUGGGCCGUGCACUUUCACCCAUAG